ACCUCCUCGCGGGUAGUUGUUUGACUCCGGACUCGUUUAAGGGUUGCACCGUAACAUCAGCUAGCAUUCCAAUGGCUAAUCUGGCUGCUUGAUUGCUUUUCUUUUUCGAUGUAUUUUUUUCCCCUGCCUCAUAAUUUAGAGUGUUCCCUCUGGUUGUCUUGAACAUCGCCGUAAACUCACUGCUUGCCAUGGACAACAAUCAAGAGUCCAAAGAAGGCACGGAUCAGUCCGACCUGGUGUCUGAGGACGGGAAGAACACCAAAUCUGUUCUGUGCCAGCGGUGCGGGUCCAAGGUGCUGUGUCCAGGGGUGGCCGUGUUUACAGAAAACGAGCUGUUCCUGCCAGCCAUGCGGAAAAAGAGCGGCCUCAGCACCACAGAGGGCUCAGUCGACGGUGACACCCUGGCCGCUCACUGGCUAGUGGACGACAUGUACAGUUUCGAGAACGUGGGCUUCACAAAAGACGUGGGGAGAAUCAAGUAUCUCAUCUGUGCAGAUUGUGAGAUCGGACCAAUCGGGUGGCACUGUUUGGACGACAAGAAAAAGUUUUACGUUGCUUUGGACAGAGUGAACCAUGAAUAAUGCUGGUGCAGAUGUGAGCCCUAAAGGACUUCAGAAAGGUUUUGGCCUCCUAUGCAUUCUUUUAUGGAUGUUUCCCCCACCAAGAAUUUACCCUAAAUCGAUCCAUCAUAAACACGCUUAAAGAAACUGUCAUAUGUGAACCGUUUGUAAUAAGAAGGUUGCGCCACAUUCGUUCUUAUCUGUCAGACAUCUUUCUCAUUAGACUCACUGAUAUAUAAUAAAAGUUUUGAAAGUGGA